GCCUGGAGGAGCUGCAGCGGCAGCGGGAGCGGCUGCGGCGGGACGGGGACGCGCUGCGCCGGGAGCUGGCACGGGCACGAGGUGACAGCAGCAGGGGCAACGCCAGCCUCGUGUCCUGCCGGGAGCGGGCGGCCAGGCUGGAGGCCAAUGUCACCGCGCUGGGGGACGAGCUGGUGGCGCUGCGGCGCGAGCGGGCGCAGCUGGCCGGUGACAAAGCGGCCCUGCAAGAGGAGGUGGCGCGGGGCGCGGAGCAGGCGCGGGGGCUGCGGCGGCGGCUGCAGGAGGCGCUGGAGCAGCAGCGGGAGCUGCGGGAGCGCCGGGAGCGCUGCGAGGCGCGACAGAGGGAGCUCCAGGACACCCUCCGGGACUACGCGGCCGAGCUGGAGGCGCUGCGGCGGCGGGGCAGGGACAGGGACAGAGGCAGCGGGCGCAGGUGUCCCCCGGGCCGGAAGGGCUGAGGCCCCGCAGCCCCCCCGGCCCCCCCAGCGAGCGCCACAUCGCCGGUGUCGCCGUGUCCCCAGCGCCGGGAACCGCGGGGCUGGCCCGGCCCCGGAGCCGCCAGCGCGGCGCGGCAGCGACGGGGGUGGGACACGGCUCCUGAUCCCAGUGAUCCCCGAUCCCACCGAUCCCUGGUCCAACCGUAAUCCCUGAUCCCAUUGAUCCCUGAUCCCACCGACCCCCGAUCCCACCGAUCACUGAUCCCACCAUGAUCCCUGAUCUCAUUGAACCCUAAUCUCAUUGAUCCCUGAUCCCACCAUGAUCCCUGACCCCAUCCCAUGUCCUGAUCCCAUCCCAUAUCCUGACCCCGAUCCCGAUCCCAAUCCCAAUCCCAUCCCAUGUCCCAGUCCCGAUCCCGAUCCCGAUCCCGAUCCCAAUCCCGAUCCCAAUCCCGAUCCCGAUCCCGAUCCCGAUCCCAUCCCAAUCCCGAUCCCAAUCCCGGUCCCGAUCCCGAUCCCAAUCCCGAUCCCGAUCCCGAUCCCAAUCCCGAUCCCAAUCCCGAUCCCAAUCCCGAUCCCGAUCCCGAUCCCGAUCCCGAUCCCAUCCCAAUCCCGAUCCCAAUCCCGGUCCCGAUCCCGAUCCCAAUCCCGA